AUGGAUCCUCAAAAGGAUGCAAUUCUAGAUGAGCUUCUCAAGGAAUUUCAUGGCUCAGAUGGUGAUGAUGAUUGUGAUAACAAAGGUGAUGGUGUUGUGCAAAUUGUAAAGCCAGUGAGUGGAAAGGACUUGCAAAAGCAGACACUUAGUGCUGCAGACAUUGACAGUGAUGAAGAAGCUGCUUUGGAAAUCAUAGAGUCAAAUAGUGAAAAUGAAGACAUGCCCAAGGAAACUGGUAAUUCUCUGGAUAAAGGCAGGAGGGAGGGUGUAAAUGAAAGUGGAGGUGACACUGAUGCCCUGGACACUUUGGUAGGACUUCUUGAUGAGGAUGAAUUUUCAAAGGAUGAUAUGAUGCAGGGUGGAAUGAGGAACUCAUUGGAUCCUCUGCCUGACAAAAGGUGCCCUUCCACAAAGAAAAGUAGUACUGGUAGAUGUGGUAAAACUGAACUGUCAGAGUUAAAUUUUAAAGGGGAACAAGGCAGUAGCCAUGCUCCUGAUGAGGACCCAGAUGAGGAACUGAAUCAAGAGUUGAAAGAGCUUCAGAGAAAAAUGGAGGAGAUUCAAAGGAAACUACAGAACAGAAAAGGACAGGAAACGGAUGAUCAAAAGAACAACUUAAGCAAGUCUGGUUCAAACACACCAGAUGAGGUGAGAAUGGCAAGCAGCCGAACAACUGAAGUUCUGGAUUCUUUACCUGAUGCUUCUAAUAGCAAGGCAGUGAAGAGAGUCAUACCUGCUGAAGAAUCCAAAAGACUGCUUGAGAAGCUUAGCCAGAAGAAAGUCUUGAAAAGGGAGGAAGAGCCUAGACUACCCACAAAAGAGGAAUUGGGUUUUCUGGACUCAAGCGAUGAAGAGGAGGAGCGCUGCCCUCUCGAGAGCCGGUACAAUGCAUUUGGGAAGGAUGUCAAGAAACGCAUUGCACAUCAGGCUGCUGAAAAGAAGUCAAGGGAGAUUGACAAGCAGAUGGCAGUUCUUGAAAGAACCAAGCGAGUGAUUGUCCACAAUGAAACGAAACAAGUCAAGAGCGGAAAUUCCAAGAUUCUCGUAUCUGGUUCAGACUCAGGAUUCCUGGAGCAGUUUUCUGGGAUAAGAGUGACGAAUCCCAUAAUAUCAUCUGUGGAUCUCCAGGGAAGAAUGUAUGGGAAGCAUUUGGUGAGAUUGGGAUUGAUAAAGGGCCAUAUCAUCAAAGGCUCCUCCAUUGACAUAGAGGGAGAUUGGGUGACCAUUGGAGUUCUCAUAUCCAAAAGUGAUUCCAAACAAUUGAUAUCUGAAGCUUGGCCAUUGCCUUGUGAUUUUGGCUUCCAGGGGAAUCCAUACCGCAUCUGGAACCUGAAUGAUCUACAUGACUGCACCCAGAUGGUGUCCCUUUUCCUCUUUGGCAAGGCACACAAGAAUCUGUGGAAGACAUCAGUUGGCACUGUUGUUGGCCUUCUCAAUCCUUCUAUCAUGGAAUCUCAUGCAAAUGAUAACAACCAAAAUGUUGUGGCAACACUUUCAAUCAAUGAUGAAAACCGGGCCUUGCUCAUUGGGACUUCAAAAGACUUGGGCAUCUGUCGUGCUCGCAAGACCAAUGGAACGCCAUGCACCAUGCCUGUGAACAAGUCCCAAUGUGAGUUCUGCACCUAUCACCUGCAGACUCAAUACAAAAAGUCUGCCCUAAAGAGGUCUGAACUCCAGUCUACCUUUUCUGGAGUGGAGCCAAAGCAUCGAAAACGACCGAACAAUCAGGCAUCUGGCAAUGCUCAGAUAUACUGUACUGGAUCUAUCCAGUCUCCACCAAGGGAGCGUGCCAGAGGGAAAUUCAACCUUGGGAGCCUCAAGAUGAAGCAAGAGGCACAGAAGAUCCUGAACAUGGAGAAGGAAAAGGCUGGGCGGUUGAAGCAUCUCAACGAGUCUGAGUUCAAGGCCCUUUCCAAAGCCAAGGAAGGACUUGCCGAUAUGCUCGUGGUGCCAAAUGCAGGAUCACGGAACCUCCUCCGCCACCUAUCGCAGGAGUUUGAACCUACUGCUUUGUCAGGAUUGACUGCAAAGGAGAAAUCUCUUACUCCAAGGGAACUGCUGAACAAGCAUUCAGAAAAGUUGAAGGAUACCUUGAAACCUGCCAUGCCACAACUUGGUCGAGGGCUUCUUCCAGGGCAGUUGGUGGAUUUGGAUAUCUACAAGAUUUCUUCUCCAGAUGCCAAGAGGAGAGCUAUACAGUUGGUAAAAAAGAAAGGAACCCUGGGGAAAGUGAACCCAAACUCCAUCCGCAAAUCCCCAACAGAUGAACAGAAAGCCAAGGUUAUCCAGAAAGUGAAUGAGGAUUUAGGACCAGACUCCAACUCAAAACCAGCUGAAGUAUAUAUGUCGCAGUUGAUGCCAGGGAAGCAAAUGAGUGCAGAGGAUCUGAAGGCCAUCAUGUCUGCAAGAUCCAGGCACACAGACUUGGUUUCGGCUGCCGAGGCUCAAGCGGCAGAGAAAUACUUUGAUGAUCUCGAGAAGAAGGAAAAUGUGGAGCAGAAGAUGCUAGAGAUCUGGGAGGUCCCCACAACUGUUGUGGUUUGUUCAAAGUGCAACUACAGAGCAUUCACUCAGUCGGACUUGUGUCGAGCACAGGGUCAUGCCAUCAAAAGGAUGAAGGCUAACAAGCGCUGGUUCAAGUGCAAGAAAUGCGGGAAGCGUACCAUUGCAUUCGACCGCAUUCCCUCAAAACCCUGCAAACAGUGUGCAGAAUCCUCAUGGGAACGCUGUCCCAUGGGCAAGGAGAGACAAGGCCCAAAGCUGGAGAGUGAGAUCUUGUCCAUCCGGGGAACUGAGCAGAAGUUCAUUGGUGGCUUCAAUGCAGGAGAGCUCAAUAUCAACAUUUAAUAUUGCAUCAACCUUCUCUGGGUUUCAUCAUUUCACCUCAACAUUCUGCAGUGUUCAUUGAAGCUUGUGCAGAAUGCUUUAAAUAGUGUGACAAAGUUUUUACUUGCUUUUCAUACUUGUGUGCAG